AUGACCACCUGCCCUUCGGAUGUAAGCGAUGAUGCGCCGACGCAACCUUCGAGGACAACCUUUCGAAAGAAGCCGCCAGCCGUUCCGAAGCCGCCGUGGAAUGAGAGAAGCAGGGAAGCAUGUCAGACAGAGGAGACCGGGCCGGAUGGAGAGAGAGAGCCUGGCGGGCCUGAGUCGAGGCAGCUGGAUGGUAGCCAGGUUGCUGAUUGUACAGAAAGCACAGAGCCAGAAGCAAGUUCCGGCAGCUACAAGUCCAGCUGGCAGCGAUGGCAGUGCAUGCCGAAAUUUCUGGAGCAGCAGCGGCAGCUGCUGCUGGAGAAGCCCUUGCAAGAGAGGACCAGCAAGCCUCCCUCCAAGGAAGCCUUGGACUUCUUUGAGUCCCUGUUGGCAGGCACUGAGCCGACGCCUAGCACAAGCACAAGCAGCGCCACAGCCACAGGUGCUGCGCAAGUGCAGUGUGCAGCGCGUCGCCUGCAGCGACAAGCUGAAGCUGCCCGGCGACGGCGACAGGACACGGACCCACAUGACUCACAUGACCCAGUUCAGAAACCAGCUGUAACGGCCGUGGCGGAAGACGCCGCCGAAGGACCUGCCGACCGCCACAGCGGCCCCGAUGUGCCCAAAGACUCUGAAGGCCCGCUUGGUGGUGAGAGGGCCGGCGCGAGGAAUUCGGAGCCCAGAGAAGGUUCCGAAACCUUUGAGCAUCGUGAGUUCUUGCGCCGCCUGGAGCACCAGCGCAAGCUCCAAGAGCUGCAGGUGGAAGCAGAGCGUGAGCGCCGCGAGCUUCUGGCCCAGAUCGAGCAGGAGCAGGCAGAGAUGGAAGCUCGGCGAAACGCCCAGGAAGAGUGGCGCGAGGACCUCGCUCGCAAGACUCAGAAAAAGAAGGAGGAGGCGGAGCGUGAUGCCUGGUCGAGGACGCGGUCGAGAGACAGUGACAACUACUGGAGAACGCGGUGGUUUCGCUACAUCCCCAAAGCUGAGCCGCAGGGCCCAAAGGGACCAAAGUGGAACCCGCGGCCCCCGCAUUUUUCGCACGGCCCAGACCGAACUCCUCGUAGCCCGAGGAAUGAACCUGAGACGGGCUCUGAGAAGCGUUCGCAACGUCGCCGGCCCUGUGCCGCACCGCCUCCCAUCUCCUGGCCGGCCUCUGCCGAAGGGGCGCAGCUCCUGCAGGAGCUACUGAACCACAGGGACGAGCCCCUAGAGUCUCGCAAACGCACCUGGCGAAACCUCUGCCUGCAAUGGCAUCCGGACAAGAGCCAGGACAAGGAAACUGCCACACGAGUGUUCCAGCAGCUCUCGGAAUUGAAGCCCUGGUUCUUGCCCGAAACGUGA